AUGGGGAAGUCUGUUCCUCUCAGCGUCUACCGGGAUGGCUCCUGUCCAUCAAACUAUACAACCACGGUGCUGUCGUCCUGUAGCCGGUUGUGUCGUAUCCUGGAAACGACGCGAGGUCUGACAUUGGAUGGACAUUCACUCGAUGUAAGCGCUGUAUAUGCCGUUGCUCACCAUGGCAUUCCUGCGACAAUCACCAGCAAUCCGCACGUCUUGGAUCUGAUGGAGCAGAGUGUCCAGGUGCUCAAUCAGAAAUUGCUCAACGGCGAGACCAUCUAUGGCGUCAACACCGGCUUCGGUGGAAGUGCAGACACCCGCACUAAUCACUACGCUAUGCUACAGAAGGCGUUGAUCCAGCAUCACAACGCGGCUGUCCUACUUCCGACCGAUCGGGGCUUAACAGCUCCUCGAUCGGGUACCUCGUUAGAGCUGAAGAGUCACCGCAUGCAAGUCCCGGUCGUCAAAGCCGCCAUGCUCACGCGGUGCAACUCCCUCCUGCGCGGCCAUUCCGCCGUUCGACCCCAAGUUGUGCAUCAUAUCCUGGCCCUCCUGUCCAAUGGGAUGACCCCAACCGUACCUCUGCGUGGGAGUAUCUCCGCUUCGGGGGAUCUGACUCCCCUGGCGUAUAUUGCCGGCGCCUUGGAAGGCAACCCGGAUAUCUCUAUCCACAGAGACCGUGAUGGUCAGAUAAUACCUGCCGACCAAGCGCUGCAAGAACUUGGGUUAACCCCCUUGGUGUUAGGACCUAAGGAGGGCCUAGGCCUUCUAAACGGCACAGCAUUCAGUGCGGGUGCAGCCAGCUUGGUUCUCUUCGAGGCUAAUCAACUAGUCCUGCUUUCCCAGUUGCUUACGGCUAUGGGAACCGAGGCUCUCUUAGGAACGCGACAGAACUACCACCCUUUUAUUGCGGACGUGCGGCCCCACGAUGGCCAGCGCCAGGCCGCGGCAAAUAUAUUCCUGUUCUUGACAGACUCACAACUGGCAUCAAAAGGCGGUCCUGGGCAUGGCGGACUGGCACAAGAUCGUUAUGCACUGCGAACGUCCAGCCAGUGGAUUGGGCCGCAGAUUGAAAAUAUGGCGUUGGCAUUCAAACAAGUUGAAUGUGAACUUAAUGCAACCACAGACAACCCACUCCUGGAUCCAGUGCAUGAAGAAGUCCACCACGGAGGAAACUUUCAAGCCGCGGCAAUUACAUCUGCAAUGGAAAAGACCAUGGGAGCGAUGCAGAUGCUCGGAAAGCUUUUUUUCUCACAAUGUUCGGAAAUUAUCAACCCCAUGCUUAGCAACGGCCUACCCCCGAACCUAAGCAUCGAUGAUCCUAGCACGUCCUUUGCCUUCAAGGGUGUGGAUAUUAAUAUGGCAUCCUACAUGUCGGAACUUGGAUACCUCAAUCACCCCGUUAGCAACCAUGUCCAAUCAGCCGAGAUGCACAACCAGGCAUUGAACUCCCUUGCCUUUAUCAGCGCACGGUACGCAGCAGAUGCCGUGGAAGUCCUAUCACUUAUGGCGGCCACUUACCUCUACGUUCUUUGCCAAGCCGUCGAUAUCCGGGCUCUCCACCUGGAAUUCGCCAAAGGCGCACGUCAGAAACUCAACGAUAUCACCGCAGGUCUUUUCCAAGAAACAGUGGGAAAUCUUCAAUCACUGCAGGGUUCCAUCUGGGAGCAGCUUAUGGACCACUGGGCCCGCAACAGCACACAUGAUCUUUCCACCCGCAGCGAAAUCGCAGCCGCAUGCACCGUAGGCACCCUCUUCGCCUCUCUAAGCGCGAAUUCCACUUCCGGAGUCUCACCCAGCGCCAUAAACGACUGGAAAGACGAAGUGAGCAAGAUGCUCACUGAGACCUACACAACCACCCGAAGUCAAUUUCUCCGCCAUCCAAGGACGAAAACAUACUUGUGCAGUUCGUCGAGAAUGCUAUACGAGUUCGUGCGCGAGACGCUGGCCGUCCCGUUGCACAGAGGGAUUGUCGACCAUCCGACUUACGACUCGGGUGAAGCGCGUAAAAAGGAAUGUAUCGGGUCGCAGAUCAGUAAGGUGUACACUGCGUUGCGGCAGGGGGAGAUGCGGGAGGUGGUGCUGAGGUGUUGGGAUUUUUGA